UGGAGCGGCCCCCACAGGGCCACUGGCUGUACCCCCAAGAGCCCCUGGCACAGUUGGUAGGGCGCGCCCCGAGGUCCGCGGCUGCCCCAGGGCAAGGACAGGAGAGGCGGCGAGCCGAGGCCCUCCCCCGAGCCGGCCCCGCAAGGAGCCUGGGCCCCUCUCCCGCGGCCGGCGCCCCGGGGCGGAGCCGAGGGCGAUGGGCGCGGAGAGGGAGGCAGGUGGCGCAGCAGCGGCGGCGGGGGGCAGGAGGCGGAGGCGGAGCGCGCGGGGCGGGGGCCGCGGGGCCCUGUGAGACAGUCGGGCGAGCGCGCGGCAGCCGGAGCCGGGCGCCCGCGAGCCAAAGGCGCGGCGGCUGGACCCGGCGCGGCCGCGGAGGCCAGAGACCGCCCGGGGCGGUGCUCGCGCUUUGUUCCCGCUCGGGCAGCGGGGCGGGCGGAGCGAGCAGCCUGAGCCGAGCCGGGGAAUGGCCCAGGCGGCCGCCCCGCGCGCCUCGGCCCCGCCGCGCGCCUGAUUCUGGCACGGCGGGAGAAGACGGCGCGUGGAUCGCCCCCAAGUUACGGAGGUGGGCACCGAGUUCGAAGGAAAAGCCACUUCAGGAGCCAGGUCGCGACAGUGCGAUCGCCUCCAUCCGCCGGACCUCCGGACCCAGCGGACAAGAAGGAGAAGAAGGCUGCAGCGAUGCCCGACUCCCCUGCUGAGGUGAAGACGCAGCCCCGGUCCACGCCCCCCAGCAUGCCUCCCCCUCCAUCCUCUGUGACCCAGGGCACCACUCGGCACCCCUCCUUCACACCACAUACAAAUCGAGAGGAUGGGCCUGCGAUGUCUCUGCCCCAUGGCCGUUUUCAUGGCUGCUUAAAAUGGUCCAUGGUCUGUCUUUUAAUGAACGGCAGCAGCCACUCGCCGACGGCCAUCAACGGCACGCCAUCCACGCCCAACGGCUUCAGCAAUGGCCCGGCCACCUCGUCCACGGCCUCACUGUCCACACAACACCUGCCCCCAGCCUGCGGGGCGCGGCAGCUCAGCAAACUCAAGCGCUUCCUCACCACCCUGCAGCAGUUCGGCAGCGACAUCUCCCCAGAGAUCGGGGAGCGUGUGCGCACACUUGUGCUGGGGCUUGUGAACUCUACACUGACCAUUGAGGAGUUUCAUUCCAAGCUCCAGGAGGCCACCAACUUCCCGCUGCGCCCCUUUGUCAUCCCUUUCCUGAAGGCAAACCUGCCCCUGCUGCAGCGCGAGCUCCUGCACUGUGCCCGCCUGGCCAAGCAGACCCCUGCCCAGUACCUGGCCCAGCACGAGCAGCUCCUGCUGGAUGCCAACGCCUCUUCCCCCAUUGAUUCCUCGGAGCUCCUGCUCGAAGUCAAUGAGAACGGCAAGAGAAGGACACCUGACAGGACCAAAGAGAAUGGGUCAGACCGAGACCCGCUGCACCCUGACCCCCUCAGCAAACGGCCGUGCACCCUGAGCCCCGCCCAGCGCUACAGCCCCAGCAAUGGGCUACCCCACCCCACGCCGCCACACUACCGCCUCGAGGACAUGGCCUUGGCCCACCACUCCCGUGACCCCUACCGACACCCUGACCCCCGGGAGCUUCGGGAACGCCAUCGGCAACUCACGGUCCACGGGUCACGGCCAGAGGAAGUGAUCGACCACAGGCUCACAGAGCGUGAAUGGGCUGAGGAGUGGAAGCAUCUCAACAAUCUCCUGAACUGCAUCAUGGACAUGGCCGAGAAGACACGGCGGUCACUCACUGUGCUGCGCCGGUGCCAGGAGGCUGACCGCGAGGAGCUCAACCACUGGGUCCGGCGCUACAGCGAUACUGAGGACAACAAGAAGGGCCCCACGACCACCACCGCCCGGCCCCUCAGCAGCUCGGCAGCAGCAGAGGGGUCUCAGCUAGACGUGCGCCGGGAGUUCGUGCCCAGGACCCUCUCCACUUACAUGCCCGAGGAGAUCUGGAGGAAGGCCGAGGAGGCAGUGAAUGAGGUGAAGCGGCAAGCGAUGUCUGAGCUGCAGAAAGCUGUGUCAGACGCCGAGCGGAAGGCCCACGAGCUCAUCAGCACAGAGCGCGCCAAGAUGGAGCGGGCCCUGGCCGAGGCCCGGCGGCAGGCCUCGGAGGAUGCCCUCACUGUCGUCAAUCAGCAGGAGGACUCCAGUGAGAGCUGCUGGAACUGUGGACGCAAGGCCAGCGAGACCUGCAGUGGCUGCAAUGCAGCGCGCUACUGCGGCUCCUUCUGCCAGCACAAGGACUGGGAGAAGCACCACCACGUAUGCGGCCAGAGCCUGCAGGGCCCCUCGGCGGUGGUCGCUGACCCGGUGCCAGGACAGCCGGAUGCCACUGUCAGCCUGGGCCCCUGCCUGCCCACAGGUGCUGCCAGUCCCAGCGAAGCUGGCUCCACGGGGCCAUCUCGCCCAGGCUCCCCUGGCCCACUGGACGCCGCACCCCGCUGACCCCUCCCAGACACGCUGCUCGGCCCACAGACAUGCACCCACCAACCCUGCCUGGCCCCGGUUGCCGGAUGCUUCGCCGGGUCCUGGGAGCCCGACCAUUGGAGUCACUGCUGCUACUGCUUCUCUCCAAAAGAAAACACAGAACCAACAAAAACUGCAUUCAACGCAACUUCCUCAGCUACCUGAUGAUUUCACGCAACAACCUCUUCCAGCACCCUCAGAACCUCCCACUGAGCUUUAGACAGCGGAGCAGAGCGGACGCCAGCUGGAGCACCACCGGCUUGUCCACUGCCCUUCCUCCCUUCUCUCCCCCCUCCCCCUUAUUCCUGUCUUUACGACUUUCACACACUUUCUCUUUAAUGAAAAAAAAAACUAAUUAUUUGGGGGCUUAUAUUUUCAGUGAAGAAUUUUGGGGGAUUUAUGGCAAAAGAGCUACUCAGAAAUGGACAAAGAAAACUUUGGGGGUUUUCCCCUUCCUGAUUAAAAAGGAAAAAAGAAAACUGUUAUUUUAUAGCCAGAGAUCUGAGCCUCUGCGUCACCGAAACUACCCCAGGGGUAUGUGGCCGAUUCGGUGAACACAGUGAGAAAGACUUCAGUUUCUGACCCAAGCAUUUUUGGUUUCAGUUUGUUUUUUUUUUCCUUUAAUGUCAAACUCUUUGGCUUUAAGUAGAAAUCCAAAAAUUUUUUUAAAAAAGUAAAGGAAGCAUACUGUAAACUACCUUGCCAGCUAGCCAGCCAAGGAUGCCGCACACACCUCUGCUCCAAAGGAAAUCCAAAAAGCAGACAGGAGAAGUCAAAACCCAAAAUUUGUUUCUCACUGCCAAAGGACUUUUUCACUGUUUUCCUCCACCCUUGGGUUUGUUCAGAUGUUGGUCUUUUCCUUCAAUUCUGUUUUUAGAGUUUGGGAUAAUGAGGUUUGGAGGGUUUUGCCCAACAAGAAGCGACUUUUGUUUCUUUUCGACUACACAGCAGCACCUUGCUGGGCUCAGGGUGGUGGGCCUUGUGGCCCUCAGCGCCCCGCCCACCAGGGCGACCGGGGCGUCUGCGCGUGCGCGCACUCGGGGCAGGCCCAGCCGCGGGUCAGUUCCACCACGUGUGCAGGGGAAGAUGCCUCAGUCUGUCCUCACACCCUCUGUGAAUUUUCAUCCCAUUUCAUUUCUUCCACUUGUGAAAAAAAAAGUGCUAAUGUGUCCUUCCCAGAGAGAGCAUCAUUCAGAAACAAAACUGUGACAAUCUUUCGGGUUGAUUCUCGAGUGCUUUCCACAGCACACGGAGACGACAACUGCACCUGUAACCACUGCUUCUCCAUGCUUUCUCCUCUACCUCUUCUCCCUCCUCGGCGCCGCCCGCCCAGCUCGUCUUUGCCCCUGAUGCCACCCGCCCCCAGUGUCCCCUGAACCUACUCUUCUUUCUUCACACUUUUGCAGAAAAAGAGAAAGAAACUACAAACAACUAUCCACCCUCUCCACACCUUCUGAAGACUUAGUCAGCUGUGUAUAACCUCACUCUCUGUCCAGCUGAUCCUCAGGGGGAAUGUCCCUUCACUCGAUCCCUGUCCCUCUACCCAACACACGUCCCCCAGCGAUCUCGAGGAAAUCAAGGAGUGAGGAAAUUCUCACGCGUACUCGAUGGGAGGACAAACAGCAGCAUGGUCCUCAAUCUAGCGUUUCCUUGCGUCGCUGUGAGAAGUUCCCAGGACUGGAGUGCAAUAUGGAGAGUGACCAGCUACUGAAACUGGGGUUCCUGGGGGGCCCCACCGAGAGGCAAGAAGUCGAUAGUGUACGUUAAUGUGAAUGUAUAUAGUCCUUGCAAAGGUCCAAAUAAUGAUACUCAUGAUGAUAAUAAAGAAGAGAUGUUUGCCAAAUAAAAAAAAAAAUUCAGAGAAACUGCAGAA